AUUCGAGCCCCGCCCCCGAUCCUGCCCCGCCCCCUCUCGGCGCGCGCUCGCGGCUCAGCCAGCUGCAAGUGGCUGGCGCCCCGGCAGAUGCGUUAGAGCAGCUCUGGGGGCGGUAGCAGCUGGCAGCCCCGCUGUCACGAUCCUGAGGGUCGCGGGGCACAGAGGCGACUUCCAGUCGCUCUCUGGCCAGCCACUGAAGCCGAGAGAGCUGCCGAUGGGUGAGGAGGGGGCAGCAAGCUUUCGGUCUCUCCGGCCCUGAAUGCUUUCACUCGGCUGCGGCCGCUGGGGCCGCUUUGGUGCCUCAGAACUCUGAGACCAGACGCUGAAGGAGAGCAAGGACGCUGCAAACUUGCGCGGCGGCAGCCUGAGCGUCCGUUCCUCAGCGCGGUCUCGGUUUAGGUCCAGAAGUUCAGUGAGUAGUGCAAUCGGAAGACUUCCCACUGCAGAGGGUCGCAGGAGGGUGCGCGCGAAAGCAGCUGUUGCCCUCGGUUCCCUCUCAAGACGAGGAAGAGGAGCUCAGAGGAGCCGAAGGCAGCUCAGGAGGCGGACCGGACAACAGACCAGCUCGGAGCCACCUUUCACAGUAGGAAAGUUGCAGAGGAUUGAAGGCCGCGCAAGAGAGGACAGACCACAGCUCAGGCCGCGGGGGGCAGGAGAGGACGGUACCCAGUUGCCAUCUCUCUUUAACCGUAGUCGUCUCUCUCAUUCCAGGCGCAGUGAGCUGCAAAACCCGGGGCGCGGCACUCCGCGAGGCGGGCGAGAGGCACAAGGUCCCAGCUGCUGAGCCCUUUGCGCUUCAGGGUCUCUUGACACGCCCCUGAGCUUCCAGCUCCGUUUUACUGAGAUUACUGCUUGCCUCCUUGCAGUUGGAGGAAAGAGAAUCGAGUGCACAAACCCCCGAGAUCAGGUGGAAGGAGCGGCUCAGGAUCAACACUGUUCGGAGCCCCUUCCCAUUUAAGGGAAGCGGAGGGCGAGGCUGGAUCUGGGAGAGUCGGGAGAUAGUAUAAACAACCCCUCUCUGACGGGAUGGGAGCCAUAGGGCUUCUAUGGCCGCUGCUGCUGCUGCUGCUUUUAGCGGCAGCCUCGAGUUCCGGGACUGGGACAGAAACCGGCCAGCGCGUGGUCUCACCGGCCAUGGGGCUGGCACUGCAACCCCGGGAGCCGCUUAGCUACUCGCGCUUGCAGAGAAAGAGCCUGGCGGUGGACUUUGUGGUGCCCUCGCUCUUUCGCGUCUAUGCCCGGGACCUGCUGCUGCCGCCGCUGUCCCCCUCGGAACCGAGGACUGGCCGGCUGGAGGCACGCGGCUCUCUGGUUCUCGACUGCGCCCCACUGCUUAGGCUGGUGGGGCCUUCACCCGAGGUCUCCUGGACAGCAGGUGCCAGCUCUCCCGCCCCGGCCCAGGCACGGACGCUGUCCAGGGUGCUGAAGGGAGGCUCUAUUCGCAAGCUCCGGCGCGCCAAGCAGCUGGUGCUGGAGCUCGGAGAGGAAGCGAUCCUUGAGGGCUGUGUAGGGCCCCCCGAGGAGACGACGGUGGGGCUGCUCCAGUUCAACCUCAGUGAGCUGUUCAGCUGGUGGAUUCGCCACGGCGAAGGGCGGCUGAGGAUCCGCCUGAUGCCCGAGAAGAAGGCGUCGGAAGUGGGCAGAGAGGGAAGGCUGUCCGCUGCGAUCCGCGCCUCACAGCCCCGCCUUCUCUUCCAGAUCUUGGAGACCAGGACCGGUCACAUCUCCUUGGAGUCACCGACAAACCUACCUUCCCUUCCUCCUGAUUCUUUUGCAUGGAAUCUGACCUGGAUAAUGAAAGAUUCCUUCCCUUUCCUGUCUCAUCGCAGCCGAUAUGGUCUGGAAUGCAGCUUUGACUUCCCCUGCGAGCUGGAGUAUUCCCCUCCACUGCAUAACCGAGGGAACCAGAGCUGGUCCUGGCGCCGCGUCCCCUCUGAGGAGGCCUCCCAGAUGGACCUGUUGGAUGGGCCCGAGACAGAGCAUUCCAAGGAGAUGCCCAGAGGCGCCUUCCUCCUCCUCAACACCUCGGCCAACUCCAAGCACACCAUCCUGAGCCCGUGGAUGAGGAGCAGCAGUGAGCACUGCAGGCUGGCCGUCUCGGUGCACAGGCACUUGCAGCCCUCUGGGAGGUACGUCGCCCAGCUGCUGCCCCACAACGAAGCUGGAAGAGAGAUUGUCCUGGUACCCACUCCAGGGAAGCAUGGUUGGACUGUGCUGCAGGGAAGAAUUGGGCGUCCAGAGAACCCAUUCCGAGUGGCCUUGGAAUACAUUUCGAGUGGAAACCGAAGCUUGUCUGCAGUGGACUUCUUUGCCCUGAAGAACUGCAGUGAAGGAACGUCCCUGGGCUCCAAGAUGGCCUUGCAGAGUUCCUUCACUUGCUGGAAUGGGACAGUCCUCCAGCUCGGGCAGGCCUGCGACUUCCAUCAGGACUGUGCCCAGGCAGAAGACGAGGGCCAACUGUGCAGUAAACUCCCGGCUGGUUUUUACUGCAACUUCGAGAAUGGCUUCUGUGGCUGGACCCAAAGCUCACUGUCACGCCACAUGCCCCAGUGGCAGGUCAAAGCCUUACAGGAUGCCCAGACCCAGGACCACCAAGGCCACGCCCUGGUGCUCAGCACCACUGACGCCCCCACUUCUGCGAGUGCCACGGUGACCAGCGCUGCAUUUCCCCCGCCGAUGAAGAGCUCUCCGUGUGAGCUCCGAAUGUCCUGGCUCAUCCGUGGAGUGUUGCAGGGAAACGUCUCCCUGGUGCUGGUGGAGAACAAAACCGGGAAGGAGCAAAGCAGAAUGAUCUGGCAGGUCGCCACCAUCGAAGGCUUGAACCUGUGGCAGUGGACGGUGCUCCCUCUCCUCGAUGUGGCCGACAGGUUCUGGCUGCAGAUUGUCGCCUGGUGGGGACAAGGAUCCAGAGCCACCGUGGCUUUCGACAAUAUCUCCGUCAGCCUGGACUGCUACCUCACCAUCAGUGGGGAGGACAAGCUGCCACAGAACACGGCACCUAAAUCAAGAAAUCUGUUUGAGAGAAACCCAAACAAGGAGCCGAAAGCCUGGGAAAAUACACCGGGAGAGACCCCCAUCUUUGACCCUACAGUUCACUGGCUGUUCACCACGUGCGGGGCCAGUGGGCCCCACGGCCCCACGCAGGCCCAGUGCAACAACGCCUACCGGAACUCCAACCUGAGCGUGGUGGUGGGGAGCGAGGGCCCCCUGAAGGGCAUCCAGACCUGGAAGGUGCCAGCCACCGACACCUACAGCAUCUCAGGCUACGGAGCCGCCGGCGGGAAAGGCGGGAAGAACACCAUGAUGCGGUCCCACGGCGUGUCUGUGCUGGGCAUCUUCAACCUGGAGAAGGACGACACCCUGUACAUCCUGGUCGGGCAGCAGGGGGAGGACGCCUGCCCCAGUACCAACCGAUUAAUCCAGAAAGUCUGCAUUGGCGAGAACAACGUGAUCGAAGAAGAGAUCCGCGUGAACAGAAGCGUGCACGAGUGGGCCGGAGGGGGCGGAGGAGGGGGCGGAGCCACCUACGUGUUUAAGAUGAAGGAUGGCGUGCCAGUGCCCCUGAUCAUUGCAGCUGGCGGUGGUGGCAGGGCCUACGGGGCCAAGACAGACACGUUCCACCCUGAGAGGCUGGAGAAUAACUCCUCAGUUCUAGGGCUGAACGGCAAUUCUGGAGCCGCAGGUGGCGGAGGUGGCUGGAAUGAUAACACUUCCUUGCUCUGGUCUGGAAAAUCUUUGCUGGAGGGCGCCACCGGAGGACAUUCCUGCCCCCAGGCCAUGAAGAAGUGGGGGUGGGAGACAAGAGGGGGUUUCGGAGGGGGUGGCGGGGGGUGCUCCUCAGGUGGAGGAGGCGGAGGAUAUAUAGGUGGCAAUGCGGCCUCAAACAAUGACCCCGAGAUGGACGGGGAGGAUGGGGUUUCUUUCAUCAACCCACUGGGCAUCCUGUACACCCCGGCUCUAAAAGUGAUGGAGGGCCAUGGGGAAGUGAAUAUUAAGCAUUACCUAAACUGCAGCCACUGUGAGGUCGAUGAGUGCCACAUGGACCCCGAGAGCCACAAGGUCAUCUGCUUCUGUGACCAUGGGACAGUGCUGGCUGAGGACGGUGUCUCCUGCAUCGUGUCGCCCACCCCGGAGCCCCAGCUGCCGCUCUCGCUGAUUCUCUCCGUUGUGACCUCCGCCCUCGUGGCCGCCCUGGUCCUGGCCUUCUCCGGCGUCAUGAUCGUGUACCGCCGGAAGCACCAGGAGCUGCAAGCCAUGCAGAUGGAGCUGCAGAGCCCCGAGUACAAGCUAAGCAAGCUCCGUACCUCGACCAUCAUGACCGACUACAACCCCAACUACUGCUUUGCCGGCAAGACUUCCUCCAUCAGUGACCUGAAGGAGGUGCCUCGGAAAAACAUCACCCUCAUCCGGGGUCUGGGCCAUGGCGCGUUUGGGGAGGUGUAUGAAGGUCAGGUGUCUGGAAUGCCCAAUGACCCGAGCCCCCUGCAAGUGGCCGUAAAGACGCUGCCUGAGGUUUGUUCCGAGCAGGACGAGCUGGAUUUCCUCAUGGAAGCCCUGAUCAUCAGCAAAUUCAACCACCAGAACAUCGUGCGCUGUAUCGGGGUGAGUCUGCAAGCCCUGCCCCGAUUUAUCCUGCUGGAGCUCAUGGCAGGAGGAGACCUCAAGUCCUUCCUCCGGGAGACGCGCCCUCGCCCGAGUCAGCCCUCCUCGCUGGCCAUGCUGGACCUCCUGCACGUGGCUCGGGACAUUGCCUGUGGCUGUCAGUAUUUAGAGGAAAAUCAUUUCAUCCACCGGGACAUUGCUGCCAGGAACUGCCUCUUGACCUGUCCAGGCCCUGGCAGAGUGGCCAAGAUUGGAGACUUCGGGAUGGCCCGCGACAUCUACCGAGCGAGCUACUACCGAAAGGGAGGCUGUGCGAUGCUGCCGGUCAAAUGGAUGCCCCCGGAGGCCUUCAUGGAGGGAAUAUUUACUUCUAAAACAGACACGUGGUCCUUCGGAGUGCUGCUGUGGGAGAUCUUCUCUCUCGGAUACAUGCCAUACCCUAGCAAAAGCAACCAGGAAGUUCUGGAGUUUGUCACCAGUGGAGGACGGAUGGACCCACCCAAGAACUGCCCCGGGCCUGUAUACCGGAUAAUGACCCAGUGCUGGCAACAUCAGCCUGAAGACAGGCCCAACUUCGCCAUAAUUUUGGAAAGGAUUGAGUACUGCACCCAGGAUCCAGAUGUGAUCAACACCGCUUUGCCCGUAGAGUACGGCCCCCUCGUGGAAGAGGAAGAGAAGGUGCCCAUGAGGCCCAAGGACCCCGAGGGCAUCCCCCCUCUCCUGGUGGCGGCUCCCCAGCCCCGGCGGGAGGAGGGCCCCGAGCCAGCCGCGCCGCCCCCUCCGCCCGCCGCUUCCUCGGGCAAAGCCGGGAAGAAGGCCGCGGCCGCGGAGCUCGCCGUCCGGGGCCCCAGGGGCGCGGCCGCGGACGGGGGACACGUUAACAUGGCCUUCGCUCCGUCCAGCGCGCCCUCGGAGCUGCACAAAGUCCAGGGCUCCCGAAACAAGCCCACCAGCCUCUGGAACCCGACCUACGGCUCCUGGUUCACGGAGAAACCCACCCCAAAGAACAGCCCCCCGGCCAAGCGCGAGCCGCCCGGCAGGGGCAGCCUGGGCCGCGAGGGCAGCUGCGGCGGCCCGUCCGCCGCGGCCCCCGGCCGGCUCCCCGGCGCCGCUCUGCUCCUCGAACCUUCCUCGCUGACGGCCGACGUGAAGGACGUGCCUCUGUUCCGGCUGCGUCACUUCCCCUGCGGCACCGUCCACUACGGCUACCAGCAGCAGGGCUUCCCCCCGGAGGCCGCGCCGGGCCGCUCCCCGGACCCCGCGCUCAAAGGCCAGGCCGCGCCCUGAGCCCCGGGGCCCCGCGCGCCCGCCCCGGGGCCGCGGCCGCAGCGCCGGGGAAGGGCCCCUGCACGGACCAGAGACCAGACGCCACCUUUCAUUUUGUGCCAACUCGUGUUGACGUGCCGCAUAAAAAGCUGUCUUUUCAAAUUGCUUCAGAAAGCUUUUGAGCACGGGCUCAUCCUGUUCUUGGAGAAGAACAGCUCAUAAGCACGAGGCCCAGAAGGGGCUGCGUUGGGUUUCGGCGCAGUUGCGUUGGUGUCCAGGCCCUCCUGCUUCCUUCCAGCCCCGUGUGCCCUGCCUCCACGCCGUCCGAACUAGCCGCUCGUGUGUCUCCUGGUGGGAGGCGGAGGCGCGCCCUUACCUUGGUGACGCGGACCCGGACCCCUUGAGGGAACGCAAAGGAAGGGGGUGUCUGUAGUGAGUCAGCACAGGAAAGGCAUCCGUGGGAGAGAAAAGUCACAGACAACUCACUGGAACGUCACUGUGGAUGACGUUUGGAUGCUUUCAACUGUGCUGAUUCACCGAGGAUCGGAAGAUGUGGUGACCAGUUACGGUAGUCGAGAGAAAACGUGUCUACACUCAUCUCAAUGAAAUGCAAAUACUCCAAGUGCUUUGAGCAUGAUAAACACCAGUAGAGAUCCAGAGAGUCAAACAUCCUACUCAUAUACCUCAUGCCUUAAGAAAACUCUCCUGCUAAAAGUGAACACCCGAGGGUGAGGUUUCCUUCCUGCAUUGAAAACUCAAGAUAAACGAUCGAUGACUUAGUUUUACGCCUUCCACGAAAAUAAACUCCGAUCGCUUAAAAAGAAAAAAAUUGAGCAGCAGUGAUACGUCAAAGCAUAGAAACACAUCCACUCAGGGGCAUUAGUGUCAAAUCUUGGAACAAUUUCAAAAACGAGGGUUACCAAGUUGAAGUUUCUACAAGUAGCGCUGGUUCAUUGGGGUAGCAGGCCCUCUGGUGGCCCUAAGGUCAGGUCCUAAUGCGGAAUCCUCCUUCCAGGUUUGUCUGUCCCUCCCUUAGGAGCCCAUGUGAUCCUAGCAUACAUGGGAGCACAAAUUUGCUGAAAUAUGCACGGCAUAAUUUGUAUACCUGUCACAUACAGAGUAAAACAGAAUUUGUGUCUCUGGGUGGCAAUGAGUAAAGGAAUGAAGGAACACUUGGAGUGUGGAGGUUACAGUGACUGGUUACAAUGGGAAUUCUGAAAUUGGUUGUCACAGAUGAAAUGUAUCUCCAUGCAAACGAGUUGGGAAUCUGUUAAAUCUUACAUGUGUACAUAUGCAAUGAUGCUUUAUCGAUAAGUUUUCAUCUCAUUCUUUCUGCACCCCCUUCAUUCUCUUGCCCAGUUCUCUCCUGGCAGUAGCUGUGCCAAAACAUCACUUUGGGAGGAAAGGAUUUUUUUUAUCGCUUGCUAGGCACCACGCAUUCCCAAGCAAAAAGACUGCUCCCCUCCUUUCUCAAUUUCACCUACAUGGGAGGUGUCACUCUGGAUGGGAAGGCCAUUCUGUUCUAAGCCAAAAGACCAUGAGUGGUCAUUCUUCCUACCGUGGAUGCCCUGCCCUAGCCAAUAGUUCUGUACAUCUCCAGAAGCACUGAUACCCUGGAAACCACUUUUCCUUAUCUUCCUAACUGUCAAACAUAUUUUCAUCAGACACUCAUGAAGAUACACAUCAACGAACUCAUCUCUAAAUACCUCUUAUCAAAAAAGUUUUAGGUCAUGCCUGGUGCAAAGUAAAUGGUCUAAUUAUAUAAACACUAAUCUAACUCAUAAACUACCCGAUGGGGUCCGAGAAUCACGCUUUGAGAAACACUGCGCUAAAUGAGGAUAAUGACAGAGGAGCAGUCAAAACUGAGACGAACAAUUUCAUUUUAUAUUUGUAACACCAGUACCCAGUUAAACAGGGAGCAUGCUACGUGGUUAAAAAGCCAACUCUUUCAUGAACAAGGAAAAAAUCUUAUCCCUUUCUCUUCGUAAACGCUACGAAUCCAUUACAUUUUCAGGUUGUGCCUUACUAUCACUGAGAAUGAUGUGUUGAUUCUAAUUGUCUUUACUGGUAUCAAUUUUCAUGUAAAUGAUAGUCCAAUCUUAAAAGCCUGUAUACAUGGAUAAUAAACACCUCCACACUGAGACAUGACGACCUCAAGAUGUUUCAUUUAACUCGCUGUGAGCCCUAGGUACCAGCACGAUCUGAAUCGGGACUGCUGUCCACUCGAUAUUGCUCCAGCCAUAUGGCUCCAGCAAUUCACACAGAUGCUGUGGACUCGCAUAUUUAUUAAGUAUGAUGGAAAGUUUCACCUAGAACAUGAAACAGGCACAAUUAAAAGUCUGUAGAAGCUAUGCUAAUCAAACCAUAAGCUAGUAUAAUUAUUCAUAUCCCACAUCUAUAAAGAAGCUCAUCGGAAGUUCAUACCCAUUCCACUGGAAAAGUGGCAAUUUGUGAGGACUGACCGGUUUGUUAAUAUGUGGCACCUCAAAAUUACAGCAAAUCAAAAGAGCAGGAAUAAGCUUUACUUUUCAGAAAGAGUGAGAUCUACCUAGUAGUUAAAAGACCAGAUUCUCUUGCCCCAGUUAGGAAGUGAGUCUGAUAACUCCGCGGGUUAUCAGACCUGUCUGUACGUCAGUGUCUCCACAUACAAAAUGAGGGUAAUAAGUUCCCUUUCUCGCUGCCCCUCGGGGUGAGUAUAAACUGUGCGAAAGCACAAGCGCUCCCUCUCACGCAUCUAGAAUUCCCAAGGGAUCUGGGGCGGGGGGAAGAAUUUCUGAGUCACUGUUUGUCUCCACAUCCACCCUCCCCACCACUCCUGUCUGGCCCUCUCAGCUCUCCCAUUCGUGCCAUGUUGGUGUCAUCUGUCACUUGGUUUAAUGACAGUAGCAAGUCCUUUCAGCUCAAAAGAAUGUAAAGAUUUUCUACCACACUUAAUGUUAAAAAAAAAAAAAAA